UCCCACGUGGGAUUCUACAUUCUAUCCUAAAAAAAAAAAGGCCCCUUCUUCUUCUUCUUCCUCUUCAGGGAGGUUUGGGUGUGUUCUUCUUCUUCUCCUUCUACGGCUUUAUCCACUGCUGCUUCUACUCAAAAUCAACUCUUCUUUCUACCAAACUAUCCAAUUUACACGCAGGUUCAAUGUUAUAUGCAGCAUCCGUCCAAAGUGUUUGCUUAUUUUCCAAUUCGAGUACUGCCCAUUUCCAUCCUCGUUCCACAAAGCCUCUGGUCUCGACUAGACUCUCUAUACGAGCUUCAUUGCCAGAUAAUGACAAUGGCGUUAAAGUGGAGUAUACUCCUUGGCUUAUUGUUGGACUGGGUAACCCAGGAAACAAGUAUCAUGGGACUCGGCACAAUGUUGGUUUCGAAAUGAUUGAUAGCAUUGCUCAAGCGCAGGGCAUUUUGAUGAACACAAUACAAUCCAAAGCUCUGAUUGGAAUAGGCUCAAUUGGAGAAGUACCAAUUUUGUUGGCAAAGCCUCAGACUUACAUGAAUUUCUGCGGAGAAUCGGUUGGGCCUCUUGCUGCACAUUAUCAAAUACCUUUACGACACAUCUUGUUGACUUAUGAUGAAAUGAGCUUGCCAAAUGGCGUUCUUAGGCUCCAGCCAAAAGGAGGACAUGGCCAUCAUAAUGGGGUGAAGAGUGUAAUGGGACAUCUGGAUGGUCGACGUGAGUUUCCUCGGCUAUGCAUCGGAAUUGGAAACCCACCUGGGACUAUGGACAUGAAAGCUUUUCUGCUGCAGAAGUUCAGUUCAGUUGAGCGAAAACAGAUUGAUGCAGCCCUUGAACAAGGGGUUGAGGCAGUGAGAACCCUUGCACUAAAUGGAUUUAGUCAAAGAGUCAACAGAUUCAAUUUGACCCAGAAAUACAAGUAUCAUAAGGUUUGAUCCUCAGAAAAAAAAAGUUGUAGUUUUGAUCAUAUUGGUGAGAAUGAAUUUUGAUAAAAAUGAAUAGUGUAGAAAGGAAAGGACUGGACAUAAAAUUAAUUGUAUUUGAUCAUGCUGCAAGGGUUGACCGACUGUUCAUAGAUCUGGAGAGAAAAACUAAGCAGAUCAAUUUACAAUAAGAUGAACUAAUAUCCAAUUGUCCAUGAAAUUAUAUUGUACAACAUAAAUGAUAUAAACAGAUUGAUUAUUACUAGUUAUACCCCUUUUAAUA